AGACAUGUCGAACAUGUUACAUCACAGGGAAUUUCCAGUAAGGAAGUCAAGCUGUCUAUUCAAACGCUCGCGUAGAUCUCGACAUGAUUUACUGUGACCACUCGCGACAGGCGUUUAAAAUCGAUUGAUCGAUCUGCCGUUUAACCUUGGUGGAUAUUCUGCAUUAUCCAUGUCAGCAGACGCAACAAUCAUCCGGAAUAAGGAACCUGCCUUGAACUGACUUUCUAUCAGCUUACAUUAGUUGACUUCCGCGCAACAUGGAGAAAUAAACUGUAACGAAUAAGAAAACUUGACUCUGAAUCCCAAAUCCCAGCUGUUUAAUGUUGAUUCUGAAUCUCGGAUAUCUAUCAGGAAAGGAAUCAUGGCUGGAGAGGAUUCAUACCAUACAGAGUACAUGGGCCAAAUCGACCCAUUUAGAGACGACUCAAUAUGGAUGACUAUGGACCCGACACCGUUUCCGGGCAUCCACAACAAUAAUGUUAUGAGGACAGCAGUCGAUGGUCCUUAUUUACGAAUCGUCGAACAACCAAAGCAGAGGGGCUUCAGGUUCCGCUAUGGAUGUGAAGGCCCCUCCCACGGAGGACUCCCAGGGGCCUCCAGUGAGAAGAACAGGAAGUCUUACCCACAAGUGAAGAUAUGUAACUACCAGGGUGCAGCGCGAGUGGUAGUUCAGCUGGUGACCAACACUGUAAAGCCCCAUCUUCAUGCUCACAGCCUGGUGGGCAAACAGUGCGAUAAAGGAAUCUGCAUCGCCGACUUGCAGCCCAAAGAUUCAAGCAUCAGUUUUCCUAAUUUAGGCAUUUUGCAUGUGACAAAGAAGCACGUGAGCAAAGUUUUGGAAGAGAGGAUGAUCGAGGCCUACAGGAUGGGGUAUAACUACGGUAUAUCGAUCCAUCCUGAUAUAGAUGCCCUACAAGGAGAGGUUCGCGUGCCCAGAGAACUCACAGAUGCUGAAAGGAACCUGAUCAGCGGUACAUCUAUUCAUCAGUCGAAGGAGAUGGAUCUGAGUGUGGUACGGCUCAUGUUCACUGCCUUCCUGCCUGACAGUGAUGGAGGGUUCUCCCGCAGACUGGAACCAGUCAUUUCAGACCCCAUCUUUGACAGCAAGGCCCCGAAUGCCUCCAAUCUGAAGAUAGUUCGGAUGGAUCGGACUGCUGGCUGUGUGACGGGAGGAGAGGAGGUCUAUCUGCUGUGUGACAAAGUCCAGAAAGAUGAUAUCCAGGUGCGGUUUUAUGAAGAUGAUGAGUCAGGUCUAACCUGGGAGGCCUAUGGGGAUUUCUCCCCCACUGACGUCCACAGACAGUUCGCCAUUGUGUUCAAGACUCCUAAAUAUCGGGACCAGAACCUCCAGAAGCCCAUCUCUGUGUUUGUGCAGCUAAAAAGAAAGUCCGACAAUGAAACGAGUGAACCCAAGCCUUUCACCUACCAUCCACAGAUCAUAGACAAAGAAGAAGUCCAGAGAAAGAGACAGAAGACUCUGCCAAACUUCCAGGACUACAGUGGAGCCGGAGGCGGAGCUGGAGGCAUGUUUAGAGGAGGAGGGGGUGGGUCAACAGCAGGGGGAGGUCCCAGCGGAGGAGGAGGAGGAGGACAUUUCUUCCAGGGAUAUCAAACCUAUAACAAUUUCGGGUCUGGAUACAACUUCUCCUCAGGCAUGGGAGGAGGCGGGACCACCAUCAAGCAUGCGUAUCAAGAACCAGUGGAGGACAGUGAUGAGGACAGUGACAGUGAUAACGAUGACGAUCCGACAGCAGGUGGGGCGGUGCGAAUCUGUGCCCAGCCUGAACCUGUCGCUUUGGGAGAGGCAAGUGAGGACACUGAUCCAACAGAAGAUCUGGAGUUAGACACCACAGGUUGUGUGAUAGAGCCUCAUUUGGCUGCGCUUGCUGAAAGACAGGCUCAAGCGUUGUUUCAUUUCGCAGUAAGCGGCGAUGCCAGAAUGCUUCUGGCUCCACAGCGCCCCCUCAUGACCACCCAAGACGAGAAUGGAGACACGGGUUUACAUCUGGGAGUGAUCCAUAGUCAGACAGAUGCCGUGCGAAAUCUAGCACAAGUCAUCUCGGCUCUUCCCGGAGAGGAUGUACUUAACAUGAGGAAUGAUCUUUAUCAGACUCCUUUGCACCUAGCUGUGUUGACGCAGCAAGAAGAGGCAGUCGAGGCCUUGUUGGAGGCCGAGGUGGAUGUCACGCUCACAGAUCGCCAUGGAAACACGGCACUUCACCUGGCGGCUCAGCAGAAAGAGGAUAGCGUGCUGCGAUUGCUGCUGAAGCACAAAUCAGUGGCGCAAUUAACCAGCAUGCCCAACACAGCAGGUCUCUGUCCGCUUCACCUGGCUGUACAGGCAAACAGUUUGAGCUGUGUGCGGGCCCUGCUGGAUGCCGGGGCAGAUGUGGAGGUCCAGGAGCUCACAUGUGGCCGCACGCCACUUCACCUGGCCACAGAACUGGGAAACCUUUCCCUCGCCGGGUGCCUGUUGCUGGAGGGUAAUGCAUUUGUAGACAGUGUCACCUAUAACGGUUCAACUCCUCUGCACACUGCUGCAGGACGGGACUCAACCAAACUGUGCGCGAUCCUGAUGGCUGCAGGAGCAGAUCCUCAUAAAGAAAACUUUGAACCACUCUUCUUCAAAGAUGAUGAGUUGUGUGGUACAUGUGAAGAGGAAGAGGAGGAAGAUGAAGGCUAUAUCCCUGGGACAACCCCUCUGAACAUGGCAACCUCCGCAGAGGUUUAUGAUAUUCUUAAUGGAGAAGAGUAUCAACCCACCACCAUUUUCGUUCCACCACAAGGUGACAUGAAGAGCUUGAGCUCUGACACAAAGCAGGAGUUGUGCCAGGCACUGGAAGAACAGACGGGAGGCUGGGAGAGUCUGGCUCAUGCUCUGGGGCUUGGCAUCCUGACCAGCGCCUUCAGACUCAGCUCCUGCCCUGCUGGAAAGCUGCUGGACAGCUAUGAGGUGUCCGGAGGAACGGUGCGUGAGCUGGUGGAGGGACUGAAGCACGUUGGGAACUGCAGUGCUGUCAGUUUACUCCAGGCCGUGUGUAAGGAGCCUGAAGCUGUCCACACCACGCCUCAGCUCACAGGUCCAGGGCUCUGUAAGUCCAUUCAGGGUUUGACACUGGGCUCCCAUCAGGAGGAGAGCGGGAUAUGUGACAGCGGGGUGGAGACCUCUUUCUAGAGCCCCAGCCUCAGUCUCGCCGACUCCAAACACAAUCUCACAAACUGAGGCCUGACCCUAAACACCAGCUUCUCCCUCCUCCUCACUACAGCAGCAGCGCCACUCAGGACACGCCUCCCAACUCUUUGAUUGGCCACCGCCCACCGUGGAUGCUCCAAACCAAAAUUGCAAAUAAGGGAACUUUGAGGAGUCCUAAAGCUUUCUGGUCACAGGGAUUCUUUUUUUAAUUUUUAGCUUUUAAUAUGAAUAAUACCAAAAAGGACUUAUUUGAACCGUUUUAUUUUGUCCUUUUAUUUCAUUUUUUAUUUCAGUAAAGUUUCAGCUCGUUUCAACUGUGCUUAAUCUGAGGCAGCAGAUGACAUCCAGAACCCAUAUGUAACAUCUAUAGUUACAUUAAAGAAACUCAAUAUUUAGGUUCAUGAUGUCUUGGACUUCACAUUUUUACGUUCUCAAGCUUGAUUUCCCAAAACGUUUAUUACUUAGAUGUUUUUAAAAAUACAAAAUUUGUCUGGUUUGAUAAGUCUGGCCUAUUUGUUUCUUUUUGUUAUUAUAUUUUAAUAAAUAAUCCGGUUUUAACAACAGCACCUUCCAUUUAUAUAACUUAUAACUCAAACCUUCUUCAGUAGUCAUUUGCUUACAAAGAGUUUUCAUACAGAGCAAUACAGUGAUGUACGGGAAGAGAAGGAGCAGAAGAGGAGGUCUACUGGAUUAUUGUGACGCUCUGGACCAAUCGGAUCUGUUAUAUGAUGGAAAAAGCUCUUCCCUUUAUAAAAGACCUAUUCUACUGUUGUCCCUCACCCCUUAAGCUGUGAUGAACAGCAUUAUUUGGGCUGCACUAGAAUUUAUUUUGGAUUUAGUGGUGCUACCUACAAUUCUUAUUUUUUUGCUCACGGUUCUUUUAAAGGGGACAUCGGAUUUUUGCAUUUAGUUAGAAAAGCUGAAAAGAGAAAACCCAGCCAGUUUGUAAUAGUUGCUGUCUGAAUCUGUCAUCCAGUAAGCGGUUUUGAUUUGUAGCCGGUUACUACGUAGAUUGACCAUUGAGGAAUUUUAAGUGUUACAGACAUUUUCAUAAUGUCAGUAAAGAAUCAUACCUGCUUGUGGAAAAUGGGCAUUCGAUGUCCCCUUAAAAAAAAAAAAAAUAAUAAUAAUAAUUAAUAAGCUUUGAGAGAAUAUCCUCUCUUCCACAUUUUUGAUUAAAAAAAAAAAACUAAAACACAAAAACUAAAAAAAAAGUCAGUCCUGGGCAGCAAAAGGAGUGUGUUUGACUAGAUUUGAAUGAACUGUAUAUGUGUUUGUGCUUGUGUGUGAAUUUGAGGAGCUUUACAGGAUGUGUGUGUUAGGAUUGUAAUAACCAGAUGCCUCAAAUGCCCUUUAUGAAAUAUGUGUGGUUACAUUUGUGUCUUUCUGUUGAGAAAUUAAUCUCAUUCCCUUCUGCUGUGUGAGAACUCAGGCUGUAUAAGACAAAAUAUCACUCCGAUAAUAUGCUGAUCUAGCAUCAGUUCAGUUCAUUUAGAACUGAUCCUUGAAUAGCAGGGUUUUUUUGUUUUUGUCUUUUUGCUUUGUGACAUUUUCUAAACAUGGCCUCCGACCUUUUGAACUGACCUGGGGACUCAUGUCACCAAAAUGUGUUUAGCUGCCGUAAUAUUUUCAUACUAUAGUGAAGAGUGUUUAAUAAGCAACAAAACCAUCUGAAACCCCAAACUAAAGGUUUGACAGGCACUAUAAAGUGUUUCUUAAAGUGUAAAUUGGUAUUUAUGUCUGUACCCUGUGAAGCAGUGUUGUACAGAGGUAAAUGUGUGUGCUUUGUAACUGGUUUAAUUGUGAUACUUUUAUAAUAAAACAAUUCAUUGUGC